GUAUCUUGGUUUCCAUAAUAUCUUGUUGCAAUCCCUUGGAGAGGCCCUGCUCGGAUAGUCAAACAUAGGGCUUCUUUGGGAACAUCAUUACAAUCAAGAUCGCCCCCAUCGGUGUUCCACUUUGGGUAAUGGCGGCUCCGAGGAGUUUGGCUGUGGAUACGGGACGCUUGGCCAGAGAUGAGCAAAAGAUUCUCGAUCUACCAGACACCUAUGCAGAGGACUCUCCAACGGCCAAACGUUUCAAGGAGGGAAAAUUUACGCUUAGCUGUUGGGAAUUCGGGGCGGCUCUUGCUGUGUUCAUGUUGUGCUUGACCGGGUUGGUCUGCAUAUACCUAACAAUGCCAGCUUCAGAUUUUGGGAAGCUCAAGCUUCCUCGUAACAUUUCUGAUCUUCGGAUGCUCAAGGAACACCUAGCAACCUAUGCCGAUAUGUACCCUGCACGGUUCAUUCUCGGCCGGUGCAUCAUCCUGCUAUUUUCUUUCUAAGUUACUCGGAAGACCUAUAAUUACCUCACUAUGGCCGGAGAAGUUGAGGUUUUUCCAAUCAGAGAUAGCCAAGCGCAGGGAUAAGUUACUCAACUACAUGCUUUUUUUGAGGGUAACUCCUACACUGCCAAACCUUUUUAUCAAUUUGGCAUCUCCAAUUGUGGAUGUACCCUUUCAUAUUUUCUUUCUGGCUACUGUGAUUGGUCUAAUCCCUGCCUCAUUUAUUACUGUGAGGGUAAGUUUUAAAUACUUAUUGAUUGGCUGCAUUGCCAUUGCAUCCUGAUGACUACAUAUGAUUUUACAGUUUACACUCAAAACAGCUGAUGAACCAAAACCUUAGUGCUCAUGUUUGUGUUCUCAAAUCUCUUUACUCUAUUGCUAGAUAGUGGUCAUCUACUCAUGUAUAUGAGUACCAUCCUCGUAAGAACAAAGCUUGCAGUUUAAAUUCCAUCUUCUUCCUACUCCCCAUAUGCUCUACUUUAGAAAACGUGGAACACAUUGUAGUUUAUUAGUUUAUUCUUAAUGAAGUUCAGGAAAAAAAAUGCAUUUGAAAUUCAAAUGAAUAAAUUACCUUGUUAUUACUAGUGAUAAUACUUCUAAAAGUGACCCCUGACGCCGUGUUCAUACAUUUGACUAAUAAUCAGGCUGGCCUUGCUCUUGGGGAUUUAAGAUCAGUCAAAGAUCUCUAUGACUUCAAAACUUUGGUGGUUCUUUUCCUUAUCGGUUCUGCCAUUAUACUACCAACCCUUUUAAAGAGGAAACGGACAUAUGAAUGAAGCAAUGACUAAGUGCCGAACCAUAAAAAUUCCCCCCACAGGCAAAAGCAGAACUCUUUUACUAAUUCUACCAUUUGGACUUGAGAUGGGAAGUGUUCUCGGAGACAUUUUUUUGAUAUAUAUAGACUAGAAGUAUAACUGGUGUGGGAACAGGAAGCAUCAUACCUUUGUCGAAUGGACUGAGGUUCCAGUGUGACACUCGGAAAAGAGUAUUUAUCAGAGAUUAUAUAUGAAGAACUAUGCAGUGGAGUGGCUAGUUAAGUGAUCGUGAACUGGGGGAUAGAAUUUCAUUAACGCACUUGCAUCGGCCAGCUCCUUGCCUUGGGUGGGUUGGUUUAUGAUUCAAACUUGUAAGUGAACAUGUAGCGCUAUGUUAUAUAUUUAUAUGUAUUUCGAUGUGUAAGAAGAGAUUGAAAUCCAUUUCUCAUCAGAGUAAAAAUAUUUAUAUGGCAAUGAUGCGAAGUGCUUUAGCAAUUGGCUUGGCAUUAAAGUGGCUGUUAUGUU